AUGGGCCAAGAUUGGAUUGGACAAGAGAAAGAGCCAGUGUUACAGGUGGAAGAGUUGUUGGACAAACCUGUUCAUCGUAUGACACCUGACGUGGAUCAAGGUACUUUGCAUGGUGUGGAAUGUGGGCUGGAAGGAACUGGAGUACUUGGGCAUGACUGGGGCCACUUGGAGACCCAAGGAAUCCUCAGGGACUGUGACCGUGGAUUCCUGACUGCGGUUAAACGUGAUUUGUGGGAAGCAGGUGACCUGGAGAUAUUUGGAAUGUGUCCAGAUGAUAAGCAGUCAGCCACUCUUCUAACCAUGAAACAACUUGCAAAAUUCAUUCAAGAAUCUGAAGGAAAACAUUUGGUGGUCUUGCAAAUGGAGAAAGGUAAGUUAGCCUUAACUUUUGGUUGCUGCUUAUGGUUGGCUAGCUGUUUCUAAAUAUGACUGCAAUAUUUAAGUCUAUCUAGUUAUGAAUUAGGUUACUGGAUAUCUGUGUAUAGGUUUAUCUGAAACAAAAAAAUAUUUUGACAAUAUUUGCAUAUUUUGUAAAUGCAAUAAAUAUUGUAAGGAUUUCAUUAGGGUCAAGGAGAUCAUUGGAUUGAACAGCCUUCUGAUGUUGGUCAUUGGAACUGAUAUAAUGUGAAGCCAAUAAAUGAACACCUGUUUCCUUAAAUUUGCAAAUGCAACUCAACCAAACUCAUUUUAUGUUAUUUGUAAAGCUUCAUACUCCUAAAUCAAUGUUGAUCUAAUACAGUUUUACAUCAUAUGUUAGAUGUACAUCCGCCCACCCAUCUUUUGAUGAUUACUCUUGUCUGUCCUUUCACUUCUGCAUUCUUCAAAUAGUGGGUGCUCAAAAGUAGAUAUUUAGAUGUUGUAUAACUACAAAGCAUCUUGAAAGUUGGACACUUCAGACCUCUAAAGCACUUGCAUGUCCUUUUAUUUAUUUUACAAAGUGCAGAUUUCAAUAGAAAUUGAUUGACAGCCAGGUGGUGUAACAAGGUUUAUUUAAAAAUAAAAGUGCCAGACAACAGAUCCUGUUACUGCCUGGUUUGUGAAGCUAAACUCCAGACAGGUAAUUGCCCAGAGCACCUGCCUUAACAAAGACUACUCAUUGAGCUGCAAUAGCUUUGAAAUAUAGUGGUUGGCUUUGCACCUCUUCCUGAGUUGAGUUUCAAAGCUGUUUUAUACAGAAGACAUAUAUUCCAAGGCAGUGGUUCCCAAACUAGUCCUCAAGUACCCCCUACCAGUCCAGGAUUUAGGAAUCACCCAGUUGUGUCCGAGGUGUUUUUAGAAAGAAACACGUUAGACACAACUGGGUGAUUCAUAAAUCCUGGACUGGUAGGGGGUACUUGAGGGACUGGGUUGGGAACCCCUGCUGUAAGGAAUCCACGUAUAAAGUGGACUAAAUGAGGCAAAAAGGUGAUUCAUUGAACUAAUUUGAUAUGUCCACCCAGAAUCCAUUGCAGUAGUAACAUCACUGCAAAUUUGAGAUUUCUGUGGGAAAAGCAAGUCUUAUGGUUUGUUUGGUGCUUGUAGAAUUGUAUAUUAUCUGUACAUAUUUGUUUGUGUGUAUGUAUGUAUAUAUACAUAGCCCCUAGGUACACACACAACACCCCCCUAGGCUCACACACUCUGCAGGCCAUUUAAACACACACACAUACUUUACAGCCCAGAAACACACAUUACAGGCCCUAGCCCCACACAAUAAGCCACAAACAUACCCCUUUACACACUACAACACAAACAGUCUCCUCUACACCAGGGCCACCAACAGGGCAUGACAACCAUGACGGUUGUCAUGGGCCUGGCGGUCCUGGGGGGCCCUGACUGCUCAGGACGUCCCGGGCCCCACAUUAGCUAUGUGCACACACAUAUAUAUAUAUAUAUAUAUAUAUAUAUAUAUAUAUAUAUAUAUAUAUAUAUAUAUAUAUAUAUAUAUAUAUAUAUAUAUAUAUAUAUAUAAUAUAUAUAGCGAUUAACGCUAUAUAUGCGUGCACUGCGGGCCCCCCGCUGCCUGUAUUCUGCAGGGGGCCCAGCACACUUGAAAUAUACCUCCCAGAUGCUCUGCUCUGUCGAAGGCUCGACUUCGACAGAGCAGAGUAGCUGGGAAUUAUAUUUCAAGUGUGCUGGGCCCCCUGCAGUAUACAGGUAGUGGGGGCUGCACCAUGCUUCAGGACCUGCGGCUCCAGACAAUGUGAUCUCCCCACUCCAUGGCCACAGGUAAGAUACAGGGAGGGGGGAAUAAAUCACUAUAAUUAACGUAAGAAAAAAAAUACUGUAGGCUUUUCCCCCCACAUUAUGCAGCCCCAUACAUUUAUACACUAACAUUUACACGCACUACUUCCUUACACAAACACACACUACUUCCUUACAAAAACACAUACUCUGCAGUCACUACACACACACUACAUCCUUACACAAACACACACUCUGCAGUCACUAUAUACACAUUAAAUAUUUACACAAACACACACUAUGUAGUCGCUAUACACACACACACACACUACAUCGACUAUACAGACACACUCUGUAUUCACUAUACAUACACUACAUUCACACACUGUAUUCACUAAACACUACACACACUCUGCAUUCACUACACACACUGCAUCCACUACACAAACACACACUCUGCAUCUAAUAUACACAUCAUACAUUACACAAAUGUACACAAUGCAUCCGUUAAACACACUCUGCAUCCACUACACACAUUCUACAUCCACUAUACAGACACCAGAAUCAGUACACACACUGCAUCCGUGUGGACGGACUCGGAGGGGGGGUGGCAGCACUUUGGGCGGACUCGAGUGCAGGCACCAGGGGGCCCAGACCUUGAGCUGUGUCAGAGGCUCCAAAACUUCUGAUGGCAGCCCUGCUCUACACACAUGCAUACACACACACACAUCUUCGCAUUAAAAAAAAUAGAUCUGUUCAGAUUUUGCUAUUGUUAUCCAUUUUGUGGCACUCGGAUAACUCCACUGCGGACUUUAUUCACUACACCGUGAAUUGUUGAGCAUCCACUGUGGGAUUGCUAGAUUUACUUUAAAACGGAUUAGACACAUUCAGCAGCAAUUAAACCCUAUUUUUUUAAGGUGUAAUCUAAAAUUAGUUUCCUUGCCGAUUCCCCACAAUUUCUUGGGGUGUCUAAACCCCAAUGUAUAGGGACCAGUAGCAUUAAGGAACGUGUGACUGACUCUUCAGAAUACACUUUGUAUUAUUGGAAUCUCUUUCUCCAAAAUACAGACAAGGGAACCUAGACACAAUGGGGGAAGGUGGAGAAGCAUCUUCUUAAACUCAGGAACAGUCACAUGGGCUUCUCUUGGCUAUGUAUGUUUUUCUUUGCCCUGUGGUUCAUUACUGAAAUAGGUACAGUGCAAUCCAUAUAUGUCCAUUUUGUACCUAAAUUUUUUUGGGCUUGUAGAUCACGGUCUUUGGUAGAGUUUUCAAGUACGCCCUCCAACUCAGAAAUAGAGGCAUCGGUUGUUGGGAGUCAGAAUUGGACAUUCCAGGUCUUUAAAUUGUAGGAAAUCAAUGUUACUAUUUUGUUGUCUCCAGUGGAAUGGGAGCCUGGAACCAUCCUGGAGUUUCAGGGCACCAUAGAGGAACACACCUACUCCUUACUGCAGCACACUCACCUCCUGGCACUUGUGGUCUACCCAGACACACAGAAGUCCUCUGUGGGGAGUCAUCCAUCCAAACUCUUGGUGUCCGUGGAAGGUCAGCCACAGGAUCAGGUAAGAUUUAACUUUGUGUCAACUGUUUUGUAUUGUACCCGUACUCAUAACAGGAUUAGACUGUAGUCAUUGGCUAUGAUAUCACCUGAUCCUCUCAGCCAGUAAAUACUGUCUAAUGCUGGUAUGAAUUGGUGUGAUAAUUUGGUAACUUGGACUUCUGAUUUAUCAUAGCUUUUCAGACCUGAAGCAGCGCAGGCGCCCAGCACAGCAAGGUAUAAAACCAUUCAUAAAUGAUUUGACAGUUACUAUCAGCUGACACCCAGUGUGCUGUGGGGGUUACAUUGCUUAGAGUGUCCCUUUAAGCGACUUAGAUUAACUUGACGGGGGGAGGGAUAAAGGGUAGAUUAGGGCUUUCAUUAAUGAUGCACAAACAUAUAGGAAAAAUCACAUAAAAAAAAAAAAAAAACUCACUUUUUUUGCAGGUUGUGUGCAUGUCAACAUCCACCCAAUAUUUGGUCUUUAGAGUGAGAGGGACCAUGAAGAAUGUUACUUCUGACCAUAUAAGAUUUCACCUAUCUGUCCAUUUAAAAGACCAUUCUGAUGGUAAGUGUUGUGAUAGACUCACCAGUAGUCGAUAAGGACUAAUUCUAUUUUUAGUGAAAAAUUCUGUUUGAAAAUUUUUUAUUAUGGAGUUCGACAAUUUGAUGUAUUAUGCAUAUAAUAUUACUGAUACUUUCUAUGAAGAUUACCUACAUAAAAAAACAAAACUUUUUUUUGUUUAAAUGGAGCUUGUUUUGACUCUACUCACCUUACAAUCAAGUGCCGCUAUGUCCUCAUAGAGGUGCACCUCUGGUCUGACCUUUCUCUUACCACAGUCGGCAAUUUUUCCUGCUUAUUGAAAAGUCCUUUAUGAUGCUGACAUUGUGGCUUCCUUGCCAGCAUGCCAAAGUCUGAUAGAAGUGACAUCCGUCACUCCAUUCCUACGAGCCACCAUCAAAAUGUUUUUGGGCCCCUUAAACAGCUCCCCUGAUUCUGCCAUUAGGAACCAACCCCCAUCCCACCACCAUCUUCAUGGCACUCAGGAUUAUAGUAAGGGAUGUAAUUUGUUUGUAGGGAAUAUAGUGUGCGUUUGUAAAGUGGAUGCAGUGUGCAGGACGAAUGCAAGGCGUUUUGGCUACACAAACUAAAGUGCAUUUUGUCAUCCCCUCCACCCCCCUGAAAAAUGCAUCUUCACCUGUGUGUCUGUUAACCUUCCUUCAGGGCCGGUGCUAGGAUUUUUGACUACACAGACGAAGAUGCAUUUUGACAGGAUGGCUAAAAGAUCCCCAUCUGUCGUGCAACUUCAACAAAGGUUUGAAAGCUGGGGCUCUACCGAUUCCCCAUGCUUGCAGGAUUGUAUUUAGCACGGAGCAGUAUUUGUGUGUGUGACUGUAAGCAUGUGUUUGUAUAGAGUAUGUUUGUGUGAAUGUAGGGGUGUGUUUGUAUUGUAGUGUUUGCGUUUGAAUGCAAGCAUGCAUUUAUGUGUAGUGUUGGUUUUUGAAUGCAGGUGUGUGUUUAUAUAUAAUUUUGGUCACAGAGGUGUGUUUGUAUGUAGUGUUGACGUUUGCAUGCAGGUGUUUAUUUGUGUGUAGUGUUGGUGUUUGAAUGCUGAGAUGUAUGCACAGAUACACAUACACUGCCACACACGCACACACUGCGAUACACAUACAUGCAGAUACACAUAUUCACAAACUGAUACACAUUCAGAUAGACAGACAUACAGAUACACACAUAUACAAUGAUGGACAUACAGAUACACACAGACACUGACAGACAAACAUACACAGACAGACAUACACAGACAGGCACACACACACUUUUAUAGCCACUCUCCUGUUUCCUACUUUGUUCAGGAGGGUGGCUUACCUGGGAUCCAAAGUGCUGCCUGAGGUAGUUGGAGGAGCUGGUCCUGCCUAGCCCCGCUCCUCUCUGCCUUCUCCUGCUCUCUGCUGUAGUCUUCUUGGGAGGAAGUCCUCCCAUGCUGAUUAGAAGGGGGCCAGCGGUAGCUCCGCCCCUGCUGGGCGCCAGUCGCUCUGUGUACUACAGAUUGAGCAGGGAUAUGAUGUGUUCAUAUCCCCGCCCCUCCACACAGUCUGCGGCACUGCAGGUUAGCGCUCGGCCACCCGGACAUUUGCGCCACCUGGCCAGUGCGCCCCAAGGCAGCCGCCUUAUGGACGCGCCGGCCCUGCCUUCCUUUUGAAUGUUUUACCGCCUUUAGUCUAUCUUAUCCCCUUCUUUUAUCUAAUCUUGCAUUUUGACUAUUUGUGUGUCUUAAACUACCUUUAGUUUACAUUACCCCCCAUGUGUGUGUCUCUUACUCCCCCUCUUUGUGUAUAGUUAUUUCCGACACAGCCCAUUUGCGAGUCUCUUACUCCACCCACAAAGGUGGAGUAAAAGGUUUACUAAAGGUUUGACUUCUUACCUGGAUCCAACAAGCCCUGGUCACCUCCAUCAGUGACAGCUGGAGGUUCUAUUAACCCUCCUGAGCUAAUUCUUACCUUGCAGGAUCAGAUGACUGGCUGAGAGUGUUGGCUGAUUGCUCUUAGACAAUUAGUUAAAUGUAGAGCUUAUGACUCUUAGAAGGGGUGUUCAGCGGCCGGAGGACCCUAAGUAACUUGUCACACGUUUAGUGAAAUGUUUGAUUACCUAAUGGGUGGGAGCCAGACCAACCCUGGCACAAGAAUCACUUCAGAGUGCUUUAUAUAUAUAUAUAUAUAUAUAUAUAUAUAUAUAUAUAUAUAUAUAUAUAUAUUUAAGAAGAAUGUUUAAAAAAUAAAUUACAGGAUCCAAAUGCGUUAUGCUGGUAAAACGGAGGUUCUACCAAGAAUUGACUCAUGAGGAUAAAUACAUUCCAGGUUGUAACUAAAAAACGCAGAAACAUCCAGUGAUGGUAAAAUAAUUAAUGCAAGGCAUUGGGUAUGAAAUAGCACCAGCAGAGAAACUAUUAUGUGUCAACGAAACCCAGGUUAUUAUAGUUAGAGAAUUUACACUUCUGCUAUUUUGACCUAAAUCGUCAGUUCUCCAUAUCAUUUUUGCAUGUGUAUCGUUUUUAAAUCUAUGUUUGGGCUUCUCUAUUUUCCAUCUACUAGGACCUGGCCUACCAAAACCUGAAAUUGAAAGGCUCCUUUUUGGGAAAGACAAGUGUCUCACCAAGAUUACUCCAGCCUUAUUCAUGGUUUUAGGACAAUCACAUAGAGAAGCUUCCCUCCCCAUCUCUCUGGAAAACCCUGAAUCCAGGUUUGUAUUUCCUUCUAACUUGUAUUUCUAUUUCAGGGCUGCGUUUAGAAAUUUUGGGGCCCCUAAUACAGCUCAAGAUCUGGGGCACACCCCCGAGUCUGCCCACGGGUGUGAAGUGUGUUUGUGUAGGGAUGUGGCGUGUGUAUAGUGAAUGCAGUGUGUGUUUGUCUAGGCAUGUAGUGUAUGUAGAGUGUGUGUAGUUGAAGUAGUAUGUAUAGUGAAAGCAGUGUGUGUUUGUGUAUAUAAUGAAAGCAUAGUGUGUGUGUGUGUGUGUAUAUAUAUAUAUAUAUAUAUAUAUAUAUAUAAUGAAUGCAUAGUGUGUGUGUGUUUGCAUAGUGGAUGCAGUGUGUAUAGUGACUGCAUAGUGUGUGUGUGUGUAUAUAUAUUAUGAAUGCAUAGAGUGUGUGUGUAUAUAAUGAAUGCAUAGUGUGCAUUUGCGUAGUGGAUGCAGUGUGUAUAGUGACUGCAUAGUGUGUGUGUGUGUGUGUAUAUAUAUAUAUAUAUUAUGAAUGCAUAGAGUGUUUGUGUAGAUAAUGAAUGCAUAGUGUGUGUUUGCGUAGUGGAUGUAGCGUGUAUAGUGACUGCAUAGUGUGUGUGUGUAGGUAUGUAGUGUAUGUAAAAUAGGAGUUGCAGUUAGUGGGGGAGAUAUUUUUUUUUUUUAAACACACCUGUUAAACAUUCUAAUCCCCACUCUCUGCUUUUUACCUGUGGCCAGGGAUGGGGGAGAUCGCAUUCCCUGGUGGUCCAGUGUUCACUGCAGUAGGGGCCCGCAGCACACUCCAUCUUCCCUUACCAGCAGCUCCUCUGUCUCUAACGCUCGCAAGAGCGUCCUGUGCUGAGCAUUGCCAUGGUAACCCGUGGCAACACUCUGACGGCCGCGUGAGAGUUAGAGACAGAGCAGCUGCUGGGAACUGCAGAGAACAGGAGCCGGGGGCCUGCAGGGUGCAGGUGCAUAUAUAUAUAUAUAUAUAUAUAUAUAUAUAUAUAUAUUGGGGCCUGGAACUCCGUGAGCAGUCCGGGCCCAUGACAAACGUCAUGGUUGUCAUACCUUGAUGGCGGUCCUGAUCUAUUUUAAAGGUUUAUUUGAAAAGCCUAUUAGGCUUUUAGAACAGUUCUGGUGUAUAAUUACAUGCAUUUCAUUCCCCUAUAUGCACCAUACAUUUUAUUUUCUGUGUUGUACUUUUGUCAUGUAUUGUUGCAUUGUAAUAUACAAAAUUCAAAUAUUACAUUUCUGGAAACAAGAACACAACUAUCUCAUUGUCCAUAUUAAUGUUUGUAAGAAUGCUAUGUUUUAUUUAUAUUUUGAACGAGGUGCGGAACUAUCGGUGAUGCAGCCAGUGUGACAGACCCCAGCAGUUAA